AUAGAACGGCUUUCAAACAAGGGGUGUACGAGCAAUAAAGACGAAAAAGUAUUAAAGAAUACAAAAGAUUUAAGAAAACUUUUUAGAAAAGGAUUAUAAAAGAAAAAUAUCUUUAAAAUCAAACUUGCAAUAUAGUAAAUUAACAGAAAUUAAUAAAAAAUAAUCAAUUAAAAUAAAAUCCUUUUCGAAAAAUAACUUAAAAGUGCAAAUUACUUUCUUCAACUCAUACGAAAAGUUCCAAUAUAUUAAAAAUUAUUAAAGCCUAAUCUGCUAUGGGCAUUACAGAAACACCUCAAAUGGCAGUUUCCGUAUGCAAUAAUAGUUCCAAACUAACAUUGGCUUUAUUUAGUGAGAUUUUUAAAUGUAUUGAACCUGAAGUACAAAUCGAUUCAUUUGAAGAAGAACAAGGAUCUGGUCGUGGUGAUAAUUAUACAGCCACCUUAUAUCGUAUACAUUUGACUGGACAACGAAAAUGUAUGGAUGAUGGUAAAAAACAAAAAUGGGAAAAGAAUUUAAUCUGUAAACGUUUACCCGAAAAUGUACAAUUAAGAGAAGCCUAUAAAAGUGAUAAACUAUUUAGAAACGAAGUAGAAUUUUAUACCGCCAUAAUGCCAGAAUUAUUAAAAUUUCAAGCCACCAAAACUGAUGAAGUGUUUAAAGCAAUACCCAAAUGUUUUUAUGCACGACCUGAUCUAUUAAUAAUGGAGGACCUACGAAUACGAGGUUUUGAAAUGCCCGAUCGCAAACAGGGUUUAACUGUGGAUGAAACGCACAUGGUAUUGAAACAAGUAGCACAAUUUCAUGCUUUAAGUUUAUCCUAUAAAUUUGAAAAUCCUAAAGAAAUGGAAAAAUUAAGAAAAACUACUGAAGAGGCAUUGUUUAGCAAUGAUAAUGCUAGUUGGUAUAAAAAUUACUAUGAGACCCUGACAAAGAAUGCCAUAAAAAUGGUUUCUGAUGUUUUGCCUGAAGAUUCCAAAUAUUUGCAACUUUUUAAAGAAUUUGCUGAAACUUCCACCUUUUUCUCACGUAUGGUGCGUUUGGUUAGUGAAGAGUCGGCUUUGACGGCUUUUUGUCAUGGUGAUUGCUGGGCAAAUAACUUUUUAUAUCGUUAUGAAAAGAUGCCCAAUGGUGAAAAGAAAGUUUUGGAGGUUUGUUUAGUGGAUUUCCAAUUGAUACGUUAUAGUUCCAUAGCCUUAGAUGUGGCAAACUUAUUAUUCUGUUGUACUAGUAAAUCUAUGAGAGAUGCACAUUUGGAAGAUUUUAUAAAACUAUAUACAAUGGAAUUAUUUAGAUGGUUGGAAACAUUAUGUAAUCGUAUACCAGAUUUUUGCAAUAGCGUUGAGAAGUUGGAGCAAAUUUUCCGACAAGAACUAAAAACUUAUGGACGUUUUGCUUUGGGUCUAUCUUUAGAUAUUAUACCCAUUAGCACAUGUUCUUCGGAGGAUGCACCCGAUAUGUAUGAUCAUCAUUAUGAUGAUUCUACGUUAAAAUGUGAAUAUGGUGCUCCCGAAUUAAAUUUUCCGCCCAACGAUUUGUGUCGCCAAAAAAUGUCCGAAAUUGUUAUAGACAUGGUUGAUAAUGGUAUGCUCUAAACUAAAUAUUAAGAAAUUGUACUGCUCUCGCUUUAUCUCUUAAAAUUAAAUGAAAAAAAAUAGAUUUUGGAGGAGAUAAAAUAAAACAAGUAUUUGAAAUUUCUUUAAACUAAUAAUUCCUUAGACAAAAAUAGAAUUAAAUUAACAAAAAUCAUUAUGGACAUAAAAAAGUAUUUACUGAGUAUUAUUUAUAAAUUACUAUUUAAAAUUUUUCUUAUUAUCCAAAAAAGAAAUUUAUUAAAAUAGAUUAUUCGUUGGUACAUCUUGGAUCUAAAAUUUGUUUUAUAUAUGAGCAAAUACAUUUUCUUAAUAUUACUUAACGUAUAUGUAAGUGUCCUACGAAAUAAAAGCUAAUAAUUUCUAAUUUAAAAUUAGCAAAAGUAAAAUAGUUGUUCAGUUGCUCAAAAAAAAAUAUGUGGAGGCCAAAAAUUUAACUUUAAACUAUAUAAAUAUUGAUAACAAUAAAUGUACAUAAUUAAGGUUAAUAUAUUUUUCUUGAAACCUUUCUAACUAUUGUUGGGGUCGGGUCAUAAAAAACAAUAAAUUUUUAUAUAUAUUCAAGACCUUAACGAACACAAUUUCCUUAUAUAGAAAAGAAUAAAUUUCAACCAUAUUUUUAGUAUCAUUGAUAUGUUUAAAUUUGUAACUUAAGAAUUUUUUUCUUUUUAUUUCAUUCUACCCGCAAUUUGUUUAAAUUUUCAAAUUGCUGGGAGAAAUGUUUGAUAUACCAACUAAAAUAGUAAAGUGAAUGUAUGUAUAUGUUUUACUAGAAGAAUGAAAAUUAUAGUAAUUAAUAAAAAUUUUCGAUGAAACACUUUUUAAAAUACAUUUUUUUAAUUUACAUAUUUUCGAUCUUUUAGUUACUAUUACUUAUGUGACAAAUUUAGCCACAAAAUGAUAACAUUUUAUUAUAAUACAAAAGAUGUUCGUUCUUCUAUAAAUGUUAAAAAAAGUAAAAUAUAAAUUACAAUUUAAAUAUCUUUAUACAGACAAUAAAUUUGUAAUUUAUAUAGCCAAAAGAUUUAAAAAUAAUAAACUAUUAAUAAAAAAG